UGCGUUGUUCAAGGCUGCGCGUGUCUGUUUGUCCACCACUAUCCCAUCCAUCCCAGAAUGCCCUCCCCCACAGCUGUAGCACAUGCAAAAAGGCUCUCCAUAGCAAGCAAUUCUCCGAAGGGCAAGAUGGAGCAGUUCACCUUCACUCUGGGCAAGUUGGAUGCUGGCAUGGCCAUUCUUCUUGGACCAAACGCUCACCUGCUGGAGUUCCCGUCACUCCUCUUACCCACCCCAUCACCUGACGCACCCCCUCUAGGUCCUGGAUCUAUUCUCACCAUCACAGUCUCUCGUGAUCUCGCUGCUGAAUAUGCCGCUCAGAAAGCAUUUAAAGAAUUACAGGAUUCAAUUUUGAAUGCUUUCAGCAUCCCUCCGAAGGUUCCCGUUGUGAGGCUUCGAAAUGUUACGCAGACAAAUGUCACUGUUGAAUGGGAUAGGAUAGAUGUCGGUAGCGCGGAGUUCAGAGGCUUGGAAAUGCAUCGGAACGGGCAGCGUUGGGGAAGGGUAGGAGGAGAGUAUGGUGGAGGAAUACAGGAAAAGACCGAGUGGAAGACUGGCGGUCUUCAAAGUGGUGAAGAGUACACUUUCCAACUUGUCUUGAAAACUACAGCUGGCACAUAUCCCUCAAACAUAAUUCGUGUUAGGACACAUACCAUGGACAAUCUCACUGGUCUUUUGAUAUGUUUUGGCCCUAUGCACCCACCACAACUCGUGGACCAGCUUCGUCACUGCCUGCGGCAGAUUGGAGCUCGCGAAUCUCCUCAAGUUGCGCUUGAUACCACACACUUUGUUUGCACCACCCCAAUGGUUGGCAGUGACGAGCAUGGUCGAGGGGGCGGAGUGGACCCCGAAUACCAAGAAGCGUUGAGGAUGAAUUUACCCGUUGUUGGGCCAGGAUGGUUGUUCGCUGUCGCCGAUCAACGCAAACUGUUCCCUAUUUCCAACUACAUUCUUCCAUCUCUACCAUCCAACGCUUCACUUGACACCGCUCCACCACCCCCUUUCCGACGGCCCUCCCCACUCAAGCGUGCCUCGCUUCCAAUUCCCUCCGCCCCCCAAUCACCCAUCAGGGAUGAUGACGACGCCCCAAGAUCGCCUAGCCCAGAAACUAUUGCUAGAAUGAGCAUGGUUCCGGCUUCACCCACAUUGCCCAGCCAUGCUCCAGGUGACUUUAGUGAGCAAAGAAGAGAAAGUUUGGGAGCUGGUGAGGUCCCCCGAGUGAAAAGCCCCAGACCAGAAGCCCAGGAUGCCCCUAGGUCUAGGAGUCCUAAGCCAGAGGCCGAUGGAAAACUCGAUAGAGGCUUCAAGUUCCCGCUUUCCAGCCCUGCUUCUGCCGCCUCCUCAUCCUCCCAAUCAUCCCCCCUUUCUGGGAGUCAGUUUACCUCUCCCACCGCUGGAGAAGCGCAAGUGCCCGCGACGGACCCCGCGUCAACGCUUGUGUCGACCCCCGGAGACGCUCAAGCCACAUAUGAUUAUGCAGACAUCCCUUUGCAAACAGUCUCCCCUCCUGCCGAAAUUGAAGAAGAAGUGAAGGGAAUCAGCACGGAGCCUAUAGUCGUGGAAGAACCUCGCGGCGCGACGGAACAACUUCCGAUUAAGACUGAGUUGCCUGUCCAAAUCAAUGGACAGCAGGAAAGGGAAGGAGGGAAGGCACAGACUAUCGAUGAGGCAGUGAAGGAGUUUGAAAACGUUGUCUCUGGGGGCGCGAGCAAUCUCCACGCAGAGUCAAUUGCGUCGCCUAUUCCCAUUGAGAAUGUGGAGACGGCCACUCACCCUGAUGCCGAAUACCAUGCAGCCGACCUUCCACAGACUGAACCAUCAAAGAAUCCUGAGCCUCUUGAGCAUCGUGCAGCUCCCUCAGAAGAAGCGCUUUCCGAAGAAUCAACCGCAAAAAAGGCGGAAGCAAAUGUACUUCCAGAGGUCGUUGAGAGUGUGCAACUAAUUCCGGUUGAGGAUGGAACAGCUGGGAAGGACAUGGACUUAGAAUCGAGACCCGCAGAGGACAUUGUGAAAGCAAACAGCUCCCACUCACCCGCCAAGAAGGAGGAAGAUACACCUUCAAAUAUUGAACAACCCAAAGAAGCUAUAAUUGCGGAGUCAGAGCCUCAAUCUGAUAUUAUUCCCGAGAAUGCGACACCAACAGCGUCAACUCCGGCAAGAAGCAGCCAAAGCACUCCCGUCUCAAAGUCACAGAAGAAAAAGAACAAGAAGAAGAAGAAGGCGCAGGCAUCAGCUGCUGCUGCGGCUCCCCGAGAGGAGUCUGAAGCGAACGGUAAUGGAGAGGGAUUGGAGGAUGUAGACCUGAAUUAAGCUGGCCUUCUCGUCUUGGGAAUGCGUCGCAUGUAUAUUAAUCAGGAUAUGGGCUCUGAAGAAUGUAAAUGUGAUCUGUGCA